AUGGGAAUUGGGAGCUGGGGUGGAUUGUCCCUCACCUCUGGGAAUUGGGUUGGGAGUUGGGGUGCAUUGUCCCUCUCUCCUGGAGAAGGUUUCCCAGGCUGUCAGGUCUCUCUCCCUCUCUCCUGGCUGAGGGGGAAACUUUCCCUGAGGCCGAUCCUGAUUUUUGGGGUACUUGUGGUUUCCCAGUGUUGCAUUCCCCUCUUUUGCAGGCACUACGUGGUUCGAGGGCCUGAGCUGACCCCAUAUGAAGGUGGAUAUUACCACGGAAAGCUAAUAUUCCCUCGGGAAUUCCCUUUCAAACCCCCCAGUAUUUAUAUGAUCACCCCCAAUGGAAGGUUCAAGUGCAACACAAGGUUGUGUCUGUCCAUCACGGAUUUCCACCCGGACACCUGGAACCCGGCGUGGUCGGUGUCCACCAUCCUGACGGGGCUGCUGAGCUUCAUGGUGGAGAAGGGGCCCACCCUGGGCAGCAUCGAGACCUCCGAGUUCACCAAAAGGCAGCUGGCUGCACAGAGCUUAGCAUUUAAUUUAAAAGACAAAGUCUUCUGUGAGCUCUUCCCUGAAGUGGUGGAGGAAAUGAAGCAAAAGCAGAAAGCACAAGACGAGCUGAGCUCCAGACCCCCCUCCCUGCCCCUCCCCGACGUGGUGCCGGACGGGGACGCGCACUUCGGGCACAACGGGCACCCCCUGCUCCACGGGCACGUGGCCCUGGCGCCCGGGCACGCCGGGGGGCUGCAGCAGCCCCCCAGGAACCACGGACUCUUGGGGGGAGCCCUGGCGAACUUGUUUGUCAUCGUGGGCUUCGCCGCCUUCGCCUACACAGUCAAGUACGUGCUGAGGAGCAUAGCCCAGGAGUGAAAUCCUGCCAAGACCAAAUUUUAGUGGGGUUUUGGGGUGAUCGGGGCUCUUUGGGGGGGAAUUUUGGGGUUUGGCCCCGCCUGGGUCGUGGUGGGGCUGGGGGAACCAUUUUGGUUUGUAGAGUUCUGCUCCAUCUGUGGUUUGAACAGUGAAGAUCUUCAGCAAA